AUGUCAUCAUUAUCGGCAUUAAUGUCAUCUAAUGAACUUACAUUUCAAUGUGCAAUUCACGAAAAAUGGACCUUGCUUCUUUUGUUCGUACGUGCAGUUCCUGCACUUGUAUUAUUAAAUAAUCAAUUAGAAGGCAAUUCAUCCUCUUCUUCUUCAAGUUCUGAUUCCAAAGAGAUUGAAAUAUUUGAACAAGAUCAUAGGUAUAAAAGACAACUAAAGAAUGAGAGGAAGAAGAAAGAAUUAGAACUUGUUGGUAAAGGAAAGAAUCCCUAUUUCUUAAAAAGAGCCGAAGAAAAUAAAUUGGAAUUAAUUGAUAAAUAUAAAAAAAUUAAUAAUAAUAAAAAGAAAUUAGAUAACAUUAUUGAAAAACGUAGGAAAAAGAAUGCAUCAAAAGAAAUUAAGCAUUUACCUUUUAAGAAAAGACGAAAACUUGACAGAUGA